AUGGUACCACUAGUAUAUCAGGAUCAACAUGUGCCUUUAGACAACUCUUAUCAACCAGCAAAUAUUAGUUCCUUAACACAUCAGUAUUCAGUUGGAAGACUAAAUCAACCCAAUAACCAACUUGUGUCCAAAGAACAAUCUCACGCUACAGUCAUGGUGCCCCCAUUAAACUCUAACAUGAAGAUACGCAGCUGUUCUAUAUUGCCUACUCCAACAUCUAAAGUGACAGUUGAACAAGGCUCCUAUAACAGAUCUAAGAAAUCAUCAUCAUCCCACUCUAAAUGCCCAGUGACACCUUUGCAAGGCCAUUACUCUAAAAGUCCAUUAUGUCCCACUUCGAAAGGCCUGGACUCAUCUUUGUCUCAACCCAAACCUCAGACAACAUCUUCAUUGAACUUUAGGAAGACGUCAUCAUUAGAGGCCAGUAAAACAGCUCUGAGCUCAAGAUUACACCUGCCAAAACCUCAGAGAACAUCAUCAAGCCUUGACCUUUGCUGGAAAUCACUUUUAUUGAAGUCUGCUGAAACUGUCUCAACAUCAUCUUUAUCUUCCCUCUAACAUCAAGAGACAACUUCUCUAAAUGUGAUCUGGACUUCACCUUCAUUGCUACCAAAUCAAAGUACUCCCAGCUCAACACUACUUCAAUCUAAAUCUCAGCAAGCAUCCUCAUUGGACUGCCUUUGGACAUCUUUAUUGGAAAGCAAUCAAAGAUCUAUGAACUAAUCACUCAACAACAAACUUCAAGAGAUUAAUUGCCUUUCUAUGUUGUCCUCUUUGGAGCCCAAUGGAAUGGUUCAGAGGUCACUAUUCCCUGAGUCCAGAGCUCAGAAAGUGCACAUAUCAAACUCUAAUAACAGUGUUCUGAGUUUACCGUUGUCCCAAUUAAAAUCUAGGAAAUCAUCUUUAUUAUCACAGUCUUCUCACCCAUCUCAGAGGUCACCAUUGGUCAGGCCCAAAUCUAAGACAAUGCCUAGAACUGAUUGUAACUUCCAGAUCCCUAGUUCACCAGUUUGUAAAUCCAAGUUGCAGAACACUAGUUCACAAAAUAACAAACACAGAGCCCCUCAACUACCAAUAGUUCAUUCUAAACCAAGUAUCUCAGGUCAAAGAUUAUCAAGUGCCAAGCCUUAUACCUGGAACAGAGUUGCUUCAGUUACGGGUUCCAGACUCCGAACUAAAGGGAGCCUUGAACUUAGUGGGACCACAGAAUCAGAUAAUGAAAUCCCAUGGUCUUUAGAUUAUAGUCAUCCUUGCAUUAUUAAAGGUGGGACUAUCCCUGCUGAUAUUGCAAAUAAAAUUGUGAAUUCUAUCUCCAUGUCCACAAUCCAGAAGGAUCUAUCUAGGCAAAUUCUCUUUAGAAGGAUGAGAGGAAAACCAAACCCUCGUCCUGGUCCCCACCUUUCAUCAGUGUAUACUGUUUGCUUAGACUGUGCUUCCUGCAUAAAAUCUCAGUGUAGCCACCUUACAGGAAAGAAGGAUCCUCGAUGUGCAUCACUCUUUGUCAUACCAGCAUCUGAGACCAAUUCUCAUGCGAAAAUAGAUGUGAAAAUAGUUCUUAUCCUUUCUCUACCAGAGACUUCAUCCUAUUCCCCACUUCCUGUGAAAGACAAUCAGCUUGAGGAAACCCUCCAUGAGAACACUGAAUUGGAGAAGAUAACACAGUUUUUCCCUGCUUCUGAAUCUGAUAUUAUGCAGGAGCUCAAGGCAAAAAACAAGUGUUUGACUGAGUGCAAAUUUCUAAGCCAGAAGCCCCAGGGUAUUGACUAGUUGCUUUAUGUUAAAAACAGUAGUAGGUUACAGCCACAGUCCCAGGUUCUAACCCCCUCUUCUUCCUGUUCUUCCUUUCCCUCUUCAUCUUCUUCCUCCUCUUCCUCUUCUGGCAUUCCCUCUCUACCCUCUCUUUCCAAAGACUCAUGUCCACCUCCUCCCUCAGAUUACGUCCUUGCAAAGAUAAGAAGUUACCACAGGCUGCCUCCACGGGUCUCCUGGCUUGAGUUCAUAACUGGUAAAGCUCCUGAAAACCCAAAAUUAAGACACUCCUCAUCUCCCAAAACCAAGCAUGUGAGGACUUGCCCACUAAAAAAAGGGAAAAGAAGAACAAAUACACUGCUCAGAUAUGUGCAAAGUUUCAAAGUGAGAAACUCUGAUUAA